GCACUGAUAGGCGACACUGAUGAUGGGUACUGAUAGACGGCACUGACUGGCGGCACUGACUGGCACAACCGCUGGGCACUGACUGGCAGCACUGCUGGGCUGCACAUGUGGGUGGCACUGGUGGGCAAAGGUGGGUGGCACUGGUGGGCACAGGUAGGUGGCACUUCUGGGCACAGGUGGGUGCACUGCUGGGCACAGGUGGGUGAUCUGCUGGGCACAGUUGUGGGCGGAGCUAGUGGGCACACUGCUGGGCACAGGUGGGCGGAACUUGCGGGUGCCACUGCUGGGCACCGAUCAUCAGGGCACUGAUGAUCAGUGCCCUGAUGAUCGGUGCCGAUCCCCGCUCUGACAACUGCCGGUUCUCGGCAGUACUUUCCUCACGCUCUGACAGCGUGAGGAAAGUGCAGCCGAGAACCGGCACUUGCAU